CUAUAAAUAAGCAGAGAGAGAGAGUCUGGAAAUCAAUCUGUGGAAUUGUAUUUGUGAGAGUAGUAGGAAUUGAAUUGGCUUGGUAGCAUGGAAGAGAUCGUAGAAGAAGAAGAGGUCAAUGUCAGCAAAGGAGGAGUAGUGGAACUGCACAAUAGCAUUAACAUUAACAACAAUAACAAUACAGUCGAAAUCAUUCUCCGAACCAUUGGCCCCGCUCGCCCCUCUCGCCUCCGCGUCCCUUCUCCCAUCAAAGUAUGUCAUUUGAGAAAAUUGAUUGCUGAGAAUGAUCAUCUACCAAUUGAGAAUUUGAGGCUUAUUUUGCGAGGGAAUGUAUUGCAUGACCGCCAAAAUGGGGAUGAUGUCAACCUACAACUCAAUAGUGGUGGUAUAGAUUCCCUGAUUGUUGCUGUCAAACCUAAGCCACCAGUGAAACAUGUUCGUGAUGGAUUUGAUGAUGAGGAUGAAGAAGAAGAUCUGAAGUUUCAGCUCCCACAAUCAUCAAGCCGGUGGAAAAGAAGACUAUACUCUUUUCUACACAAUAAGUUGAAGCUUCCGGAUAUCCUUUUGAUGGCAAUUUUCACUCUCAGUCUAAAGAUGUGGGUUAUUAUUAUCUUGUGGUUUAUCUUGGCACCAGUUGCCCAUAGAUGGGAUCUUGGACCCCUAUAUAUACUUGGAACAGGUUUUGGUAUCAUUAUCCUGAAUCUUGGACAGAGGCAACCUGGUGACGUAAGUGCAUACUCGGUUUUUAAUGAAGAUUUUAGAGAACUGCCUGGGACACUUAAUGCAGAUCGUCUUGAUAGAGACAUACGAGCAGGUCAAUUUUGAGCCUUUCACACCACAUAUGAUCGUCCCAAUGUAUUAAGGACAUAUUGUAAUGAUGUGUAUCAACAGAACUGCACAGAAGUAUUGAAUUCAAGCUGACAAAUUGCAAACUUAAGUAUAUCAUGAAAGUUUCUAAUUUUUCCCAA